AUGAGUUCCUCACGGUCUACACCCACGACCAGCAUAUCUCAAAUUGCUGGAGUGAGAAAGAACAGAGCCAAGAAGGCGCCUGAACCAGACGUCAUACUCCAAGCACCAUUGAGCGUCUUGACCAAAGACUCGGAGACACCUUUGAGAGACAUGGAGGCCUGGGUCAACAGAUCGGUGGAAAACAGGCGUGCCGAGGUGACCAAAGCCAACAAGAUCGCAAGGCCGAUGAACAGGUUCAUGCUAUACCGAUCCGCUUACGCCGAGCGCACCAAAAAAUGGUGUGAUCAGAACAACCACCAGAUUGUGUCAAAGGUUACUGGUCAAAGCUGGAAAAAGCUAGAGCCGAAGGAAAUCAAGGACUACUACGACCGGUUGGCGACGAUUGAGAGAGAGAACCACCAGCGGGCAUUUCCAGAGUACAAGUUUGCACCC